AUGGAGGUGGAGGAGGAGGAAAGACGCUCUCCACACGAUCAUGUGGAUCGGUGUGUUCCCGACAGCUUCUUUGAUCGCGUAACGCAAGGGUUACGCGACGAUCUCGAACAUGAGCGGAAUAGGCGUCUCCAAAUGGCGGACACUGCCUUGAAGCAUCGAGCUGAGUUUGCCUUUGCUCAGCUUGAGAACGAGAGAUCUCUGACAUCUCUUCGUGACGAGCUAAGGGUAGCUCGUGGGAUUGCUGAUCGGUCUCGGGAUGAGAUAGCUGCUCUUCAGACCCUUGUUGAUGCCCACCAUCGGGAGCACAAGGCUCUCUGCGAGAUGCUUGAGCGCAAGGGCGUUCUUCAUCGGAAGAAGCAGCGUACUGAUGGUACGGCUUAA